AGAAGAAAACAUGACAUUAGAUAGUGGCGCCGUGGUAAAUGGGAAUGGGACCUGGCGAUUUCCCCCAUAUUUUGAUAGUUUAAUCCAUGAAUGGCGCCGAAACAGGACCCGAAACCUAAAUUUCAAGAAGGUGAAAGAGUGCUGUGUUUUCAUGGGCCAUUGCUUUACGAAGCUAAGUGUGUUAAGAUAAAUAUCAAAGACAAACAGAUCAAAUACUUCAUUCAUUACAGCGGUUGGAACAAGAACUGGGACGAAUGGGUCCCUGAAAGCAGAGUGCUGAAGUAUGUAGACAGCAAUCUUCAGAAACAGAAAGAGCUUCAGAGGGCCAAUCAAGACCAUUAUGUAGAAGGGAGAAUGAGGGGUGCUGCACCGACUAAGAAGAUACCUACUGCAUCGCAGAAAAAUGAUGUGAAAACUAAAAAGAAUAAACAGAAAGCUCCUGGAGCAGGAGAAGGGACGAGUUCAGGAGGGGAUCCAACGCACCCUCCACGAAAGAAGCGGGCACGUGUUGACCCAACUGUUGAAAGUGAGGAAACUUUUAUAAAUCGAGUCGAAGUUAAAGUAAAAAUCCCAGAGGAGCUGAAACCAUGGCUUGUGGAUGACUGGGACCUGAUUACACGUCAAAAACAACUUUUCCAUCUACCAGCUAAAAAGAACGUUGACUCUGUUCUUGAAGAUUAUGCAAACUACAAGAAAUCAAGAGGAAACUCUGACAGCAAAGAGUUUGCUGUAAACGAGGUGGUUGCUGGUAUCCGCGAAUAUUUCAACGUGAUGCUGGGGACACAGCUUCUUUAUAAAUUUGAGAGGCCUCAAUACGCGGACAUCCUGGCCAACCAUCCUGAUACGCAGAUGUCUCAGAUUUAUGGCGCUCCUCACCUACUCAGACUUUUUGUGAGAAUCGGGGCCAUGCUGGCGUACACUCCCCUCGACGAGAAGAGCCUUGCACUACUGCUCAGUUAUCUACAAGACUUUCUCAAGUAUCUUGUUAAGAACUCUGCAUCCCUCUUCAACACGAGUGACUAUGAAGUUGCCCCUCCAGAAUAUCACCGCAAGGCAGUUUAGUUAUUUCUUUAUUUUUUCAAGAUCUAAAGCCUUUUUGAGUUGAGCUUCGGAUAAGACUUUUUGUUUUAUUUUUUUCAAACGGAUGAGAUUUCAUCAGAGCACCUUUGGGGAACAGAUUUUGCAAGAAC